AUGGAUGCCGCCUUGCUGACUACUGGUUGUAAUGAAGUAUGCACGCAGUCACAGACGCCCGAGCACCUAUUUUCCGCUAUUGAGAUCAUGCGCUUGCAGAAUAUUAAUACUUUGCAGAACAAGGUGGAUCGGGUUAAGGACGAUGCCACUGUAGCUCAGCACGAGAAGAUGACAAAAUUUGUGGCCGCUACGGCCCCCUCGGCUCCCCGAUUACCCCUAUUUCGGCCAACGUGA